AAAAUUCAGUUGCCCAGAGACUCCACAGCAGACCUGAAAGGUGAGAGGACUUACUCUUCUGAGGCCCAACAUCCUUUGAAGCAUGAGUUCCUACCAGCAGAAGCAGCCCUUUGUCCCACCCCCUCAGCCUCAAGAGGAGCAGGUGAAACAACCCUGCCAGCCUCCCCCUGAAGUGCCAUUUGUUCCCAUCACCAAGGAGCCACGCCAUCCAGCUGUUGCACAACCUGGAACCACCAAGAUCGCAGAGCCUUGCCUCACCACAGUUAUUGAGCCAGGCUGCGGCACUGUCCCUGCACCAGGAUACACAGUGGUCCCUGAGUCGGGAUGUACCACUGCCCUUCAGCCAGGAUGCACCACUGCCCCUGCACCAGGAUACACCGUGGUCCCUGAGUCGGGAUGUACCACUGCUCUUCAGCCAGGAUGCACCACUGUCCCUGCACCAGGAUACACGGUGGUCCCUGAGUCGGGAUGUACCACUGCGCUUCAGCCAGGAUGCACCACUGCCCCUGCACCAGGAUACACUAGUAUCCCUGAACCAGGAUGCACCACGGUCACUGCACCAGGAUACACUGUGGUCCCUGAGUCAGGAUGUACCACUGCUCCUCAGCCAGGAUACUCCACUGUCCCUGCACCAGGAUGCGCUACAGUCUCUCAGCCAGAAAACACCAAGAUCACUGAGCCAGGUUAUUUCAAGGUUCCUGAACCAGGAUACACAAAAGUUCCUGAGCCCUGAUACACCAGGGCCCCAGAGCCAUGCCAAUCUAAGAUGCCAGAGUCAAACCCCUCAAUAGUCACUCUGGGCUCCACUCAACACAAGACCAAGCAGAAGUAAUGCUAUCCAGAGCACAGGAGAUGAUGACCAGCUGCUGAAUUUGCCUCCUCUUCCACUUCUGUGUCUGUUUAAUUGUCCAGAUCUUAUAAUCAAUAUGUUCUCACAGUGAGCCAAAGUCUGUCUUAUUUGUGUUCUAAAUUUAUGUGCUUUCCCCAACACACUGAGUUAUCCUCUGAGCCUCUGAGUUAAGCAGAGCGUCUUUGUGCCUUGCUGUUCUGCAGCCUCUCAGAGUUUAUUUGAAAAGGGAUUUUACAUUAGAUGAAAUGUUUCUACUUUGUCACAUUAAAUUACUUUUGUCUUCA